UUCAUGUUUCUGGCGGGCCCUUUUAGCUCUAACUGUCGCCGGCGCGGCUCUGUUGCCCCGGAACCUCCGGGCCGAGCAGUAUGACGUCCGCUUUGGAAAACUACAUAAACCGAACUGUAGCUGUUAUUACUUCCGAUGGGAGAAUGAUCGUGGGAACACUGAAAGGCUUUGACCAGACCAUUAAUUUGAUUUUGGAUGAAAGCCAUGAACGAGUAUUUAGCUCAUCACAGGGAGUAGAACAAGUGGUACUAGGGUUAUACAUCGUAAGAGGUGACAAUGUUGCAGUCAUUGGAGAAAUUGAUGAAGAGACCGAUUCAGCACUUGAUUUGGGGAAUAUUCGAGCAGAACCUCUGAACUCUGUAGCACACUGAGGAAGAACUACAUACACUGGACACCUGUAAAUCUUUGUAUAGAAACUGAUUAUUCUGAGGAUGGUGGGAGUGUGGAAUUUUUAUGAACAUGUAAUUGUGAUUCAUUGUAAUAUGUAAAUUAAAAUAUUUCUACCUUUAAUUGAAAAAAAACUUUUUUUUUGCUUCUGUCAUGUUUGGUAGCUUGGUUUAUUUUUGUAUUAAAUACUAUGAAAAUCUAAUGGUAACUUUGAAAACUUUUGGAAAGAAAUCGGUACUUUCUUUAAUUUUAAUUGAAAUUUAUGGAAAACUAGUUGAAAAGAGAACUUUGUAUGCCAUAAAGCAUUCUAGUAGAACUGGUGGUUCAGGAUGUUAGUUUCUCUUUUUUUAAAAAAGUCACAGGAGUGUAAAUUGUACAGUUACCUGAACUUUAGGCAUUUAUCUGCACAGCACUGGUGGUGCUUUGCCAGUGCUUUUGAAAGUAGAUCCCUAGCACUUAAAGGCUCGAGUAAAAAUGUGUGGUUCAGAAAAAGAAAAAUGCUAACACAGUUUUAAUACUUUUGGGGGUCCAAAAUAGAGAGCUGAAUAUUAAGGAUGAUUAGGAAGGAUAGGAUUGAGGAGGAAGGUAUUUUUAGAAUCUUUGGAUGCCCAAUAAGUGAGACAUGAAAGUAAUAUGAACACAUUCUUGACUUUAAUGAACAGUAUGUGACUUGAAGAGAUUGAGUCUAUGUAAUUGUCUUAAAAGCCCUCAUAGCUUUUAAUUUUUAAUACUUGGAAGAGUUUUGGGACCAGCGUUAUGGUGUACCAAGUAAAGCUGCCAUUUGUGAUGCUGGCAUCCUGAUUGGGCUGCACUUCCAAUCCACCUCUGCUAAUGGCCUGGGAAAAGCAGCAGAAGAUAGAUGGCCCAUGUGUUUGGGCCCUGCCAUUCAAGUGGGAGACCAGGAUGAAUUUCCUGGCUUCUGACUAGCCUGGCCCAGCCCUGACCAUUGUGGCCAUCUGGGGAGUGACCCAGUACAUGGAAGAUAACUCUGUAUGCCUCUCUAAUUCUGUCUGCUCCCCACCCAUGCCAACUCCCCAUUGCCCCCAUAAUUGACUUUCAAAUUAAAAAAAAAUCUUAAAAAUUGGGGAUUUUCUAAUAUUAAAGGUGUUGUUUAUAAAUGUGAGUAAAUAAACCUUACAUGUACAUUGAAA